AUGAAUGAAAAUCAAAUGAAAAUAAAUGCUUUACAAGCACAAAAAGAUUUCGAAAGGAUUUUACCGUCGGGGAAUAUCGUGCGAGUUGGUUUGGCUGAUGUGAAUUAUGAGGAAUUGAUGGAGGAAAUGAAAAAUAUACAGCUACAAAGCUUUGACAACAAAGGAGCGAGUGGAAAGGAUGGAGCUGUGGACACACUCACAUUGCUUGUCAUAUUGGGAACGGCAGCUUGUUUCUUUAUGGGACUUCUUGUGGGUCUCGUUUGUUGUUAUCGGCGUCGAAGUCGAGAAGCCGAAGAUCUUUCUAUAAAGCAUUCCACAAAUUCAAUUCCCGAUCCACCAGCAAAUAGAAGCAUUUCUUUUGGGAAAAUGCCUAGUUGGAGGGAAGAGCGGCAACGCCAAAAAGCGAAUCGAUAUAUUUUCAGUGCAUUGGAAAGGAUUCGAGAAGCAGAAGAACGAUCGAGGAGUGAUCAAAAUGGCUCAGUGACAGGAAGUCAACAAGGGAGUAUGUCGGGUGGAGGAGCGGAAAGUUUGAAAAGUCUCGAGAGUGGAAGAAGCUAUCUUUCUGAUGGACAUUGGCACAAGUACAGUCAAGGGAAUUUCUCGAGCUCAAGCAAUCGUCGAUGCUAUUCAACAUCACAAUUGAGAAUCGGUGAAUCGAAUGGAUGGUCGAAUCGGGAUGAGCAAGAGCACUCAAUCGAUGCACCGCUUCUCGAAAAUAAUCAUGUUCCUUGUCGAUCGGAUUCUCGUGAUUUCAAUCCCCAUCAUCGUCAUCGUUCUUCUCAAUCCGAAUCUCCAUUUUUCCCUCUCUCCUAUCCAAUUGACAUCCCAAGAGAAAGUCCAACCGAACAACCGCGCUUUUCGUCAGGAGUUUUUAUU